AUGGGCCAGAGGGCCCUAACGGCCACGGGCGCUGGCGGGCAGCGGGCGAAGCCCCAUGAGCGCGCGGGCGCUGGCGGGCGCCACGCCCGAACGGGCAAAAUCGGGGCGCGGGCGAGUGGCCCGUCGGAGCGCAGCCACGACGAGCCGGCCGCGGACGGCGCCGACGAAGGGCGGCGGGUCGGCGAUGCUGGGCAACGGCGAGGCCACGACGAGGAGGGCCGCAGAGCUGCGGCUUUAGAGGCGGCAGCAAACGAGGCGAGCACCGGCGGCAGGGCGAGAGCGAGGCGACCAGGAUUCGGGCACGCGCGCGGCAGCAACCGGGGCGGUGUGGAGCGCGAGCAGCGGCAGGGUAGCAGCGGGGAGGGGCUUGCGAGCAGCGGGGCCGCACGAGACCGCGUGCGGGUUAGGCGUGGCGAUGGCGAGCGAGGGUGUAGGCACUGGGUGUGGGCGGACGGAGACGACGCGCGGCAGGCGGGGCUGGACGGAGAGGGGUGGCAGAGGAGGAGCGGCUCACGAUCAGGGGAGAGCCGCGGUCGGCGUGGUGGCGGGGCUAGUUGGCCGCGACGGGAGCGCGGGCGCGGCCGGAGUGGGUCGAGGUAG